UAUUACAAAUAUAUCUUUGAGACAAAAAUUCUGUCGGAUUCAGCUAAAAAAAACUGCAAAAUUAGUGUUUUUUGAAGUGAAAGGAAAGAAAAGUUCGACAGCGUAGCUCUUGUGUACUUGGGUAUAGGGGAGUUUGGCGUUUAGAGGAGAGGAGGAAAAUUUUUCCAAACUCGGAAUUAACAUGUACAAUAACCUGGGAAAUCCGUUAAUUCUCCCUAUGUUAUGAAGAAAACGUUUUGAGACUUUUGGUACCUCUCAAAUCAAACAUUUUGCACUUUAGUUUACUUGGAAAUGUUUUGGUUUCCCCGGCAAAAUUGUUUACAUACCCUGUAUAGCACUGUUUGAAAGUGACAUUUGUAAGGUAGGAGAGAUCUGUGGUUUAUUAGAUACAUAACCUUAAAAACGGACAAUUACAAAUUUAUUAACAGAGCUCAAAAAUUCUAAAGAUGACCGUAACGAAAGAGUGCUACGCCGAUUUGCAAGAAAAAUAUGAAAAAGUAAAGAAGCUGAUUGAGGAGGACAGUAAAUUAGAUUCUACAAGUGAGCCUUAUACUUCCAAGUACAACGCAAAACAAUUAUUGAUUGGUAUGAAAGCUAACAUAGAAAACUUAUUAAGAUCUCAAACACCUGGAACAAAGGAGUUUUUAAAGCUUACCGGUAUGCUUGCGACAGUUUUUCUUUACCUAGGUCGAAUUGCUAUCGAAACGGAAGAAACCUCAACUGGUGAGAAAUUCUUUAAAAAAUGUGUAGAUGUGAUUGACAAAGAGGAAUUAAAGCCUGAAAUAGUAAUUAUUACGUUACACAUUUUGAAUGAGCUAGGACUAUUUUGGGCUGAACGGGAACCUACCAAAUCCAAGCUUCAUCUAGAGAAGUGCGAGCAGUCAUACAAACAGUUCAAGGAAUCUGAGGCAGUUCCAACGGAUUUUGAUAACUUAUUCCAUGUUGAUCCUGUUGCUGAUGAGAUUACGGCCUUUACAAAUUUAGAAAAAGCUCACACAUUAACACUCUACUAUCUAGCGCAAAUAUAUGGCACGUUAGGUGACGCACUCAAAAGUGCAAUUUACUGUCACACAACUCUAAAGCGACAACUAGAAAUGAACGACUACGAUCAUAUUGACUGGGCACUUAAUGCGGCAACAUUGUCGCAAUUUUUCAUGGAAAAAAAUGGAUUUAAGCAAGCCCGUCAUCAUUUGGCUGCCAGUUCGUAUAUUCUCGACGUUUACAAGAAAGAAUUGGACGAAUGCACCCUUCAAAACGACGAGUAUUAUGCAAAGGUAGAAAACUUCAAACACAGAAGUGCAGAUGUCGCAAGAUGUUGGGCGAAAUAUGGCCUGUUAUUGCUCUCAAGUUCGCGAGACCGCCUCAUGAAUCAUGAGGACAUCGACACGGUGUGCGCACUCUCAACAGAUUUGGCCAAACUUGAUUUGACAAAUAUGACUUUGUCGUCUGAAGAUAUUGCUAAUUUAGAAUUCCGGACACUAGCCUUGUCUGACCAGGAACGGCAAAUAACAGAUCAGUUCUUGUUAACAUUUAAAGAUGCGCGUGAAGUAUUUUUAAAUGCCAAGACCUGGUUGGAAAAAGCACACAAUUACUACACACUUAAUUCUCUAGCAUCUGACUACAUCGAAAUUAUGCAAGAUCAAGCACAAUUGUACCUAAACUUACUAUUCUUCGAAGACAAUCCUGAAAACCAAGCAAAAAUGCAUAAGCGGCGUAUUGAUUUAAUGGAGAACGUUUUGAACGAAAUCAAUCCCACAUAUUACAUGCAGUACUGCAAACAGCUAUGGUUCGAACUUGCGCAGACUUACAGCGAGAUACUGUAUAUCAAGUUAGACAAACUGAAAGAGUCAAUAGAACGUCCUAACCCAAAUACUUUAACAAAAAUUAAUAACUUCAUUGAUAAGGGAAUUGUUUACAACAACAAAUUCAUAGAUUCGUUUAGGGAUGUUGUGACAAAAAACCUUCCCGAUAGAAUUCCAGAGCAGUACGAGAAACCUUACUUAAAAGCCAUUAUGGCGAACGGAGCUUUGCACGGCCGAUAUAUAGUACUUGAUAAAGAAAUUAAUCUGCAACACGUACAGGCCAGUUUAGAAUAUUAUAAAAAGGUCUUGGACUACUGCCAAACGAAUCCUGAGGUGAAGGAGGUUCUUCCAACGGAGCAUAGCAUUUGUACAGAAAUGACAACGUUGUUGCCAGUGAAAAUUCAGAAAUUAAAGCAAGAGGUUCCGUUAAGUAAAUAACUAUGGUUUUAUGUAAAGAUCAGUUGCACAGUGUCUAGAAAAAAGAGGUCUAAUUGUGUCCAAGCAAUUUAGAGCUGCUAGCUUUUGUAACAUCUGUAAUAAAUUUUAAAGAGAAGGGAUGUAAGAAACUUGAGUAAUUAUUAAUAUUAUGCAUUGUUGAAUAAAAUUGAAUUUUAAGCUGAA